AUGUCCUUUCAGCGUGUUGGUCUGCGUUUUGCGCAGCAGCUGCGUUCUCCAGCCUUCCGAUCGACCUUCCAGCGACGAUUUGCGAGCGCUCCGGCACCACCUGGUCAAGGAUCUAGCAAGUUGGUCGGAACAGCGGACAAUGCAUUCAACAGAGAACGAGCUGCUGUGAAGGCGCACGCUGCUGCUACCAGUGAUCUCUGGCGCAAACUCUCGAUCUACGUUGUCAUCCCCUGUCUCAUCCUGGGCUCAAUCAACGCUUGGAACCUGUGGAACGAGCAUUGGGAACACUGGAAGCACCUGCCUCCGCUGGAGGAGCGGGUCGAGUACCCAUACCAGAACCUCCGAACAAAGAACUUCUUCUGGGGAGAUGGUGACAAGACUCUGUUCUGGAACGACAAGGUCAACUACCACAAGAGGGACAAGCAAACUUGA